AUGACUUCAGCAGUAACCUGCGUCGAGGCGUCGGGUCAGAUGAGUUCAAGCUUCUCUCUGCCGUCAGCUUUGUCACCACCAAGGCUAAAUAUUUCCACGUGUUCUUCCUUCCUGACCACUUUCUUUUCUUUGCAGGAGACCCUCCAGCAGCUGGUGAUGAUGCCUUUGCCGAAUGUGCUGGUGCUGGGCCGAAACCCUCUCUCCGAGCAAGGUCUGGAGGAGAUGAAGAAACUGUUGCUGCUGCUGCUCGGCUGCGCCGUUCAGUGCGAGAAGAAGGAAGAGUACAUUGAGCGUAUCCAGACUCUGGAUUUUGACACCAAAGCUGCCAUAGCAUCCCACAUCCAAGAGGUGACGCAUAACCAGGAGAACGUAGUGGACCUGCAGUGGUUGGAAAGUGGAGAAAUGCCUCCUGAGGAUCUGGACGGCCUCUCCAGAAACCUGGCUUUCCACCUCAAGCGCCUGGUGGACGAAAGGGACACGCAGCUGGAGACUAUAGUGGAGCUGACCCAGGAGAGGGACUGUGUCCAGCUGUCCCCGCUGGCUCCCUGUCCCACCCAGUCCCCCGGUGACUCCCCCAGCAUGAGGAGGACCGAAAGCCGGCAGCACCUCUCCGUGGAGCUGGCGGACGCCAAGGCCAAGAUCAGGCGUCUUCGACAGGAACUAGAGGAGAAGAGCGAGCAGCUUCUGGACACCAGGCAGGAGCUUGAAAACAUGGAAGUGGAGCUCAGGAAGCUUCAGCAAGAGAGCUACCAGCUGCUGUCGGACGCCCGGUCGGCUCGGGCCUACCGCGACGAGCUGGACGCGCUCAGAGAAAAGGCGAUACGAGUGGACAAGCUGGAGAGCGAGCUGAUCCGAUACAAGGAGAGGCUUCAUGACAUCGAGUUUUACAAAGCCAGAGUCGAGGAGCUCAAAGAGGACAACCAGAUUCUCCUGGAGACCAAGACGAUGCUGGAGGAGCAGCUGGAUGCCACCAGGACCCGAUCUGACAAGCUGCACCUCCUGGAGAAGGAGAAUCUGCAGCUCAAAUCCAAGAUCCACGACCUGGAGAUGGAGCGCGACUUGGACCGUAAGCGCAUGGAGGAGCUGCUGGAGGAGAACCUGGUGCUGGAGAUGGCCCAGAAGCAGAGCAUGGACGAGUCACUGCACCUCGGCUGGGAGCUGGAGCAGCUGUCCAAGACGCCAGAGAUGACCGAAGUCCCUCAGAAGUCUCUGGGCGAGGAGGUGAAUGAACUGACCUCCAGCCGCCUGCUGAAGCUGGAAAAAGACAACCAGACCCUGCUGAAGACGGUGGAGGAGCUCAGAGGAGCAGCGUCUCAGGACACCGUGGGGAAACUGUCCAAAAUCAACCAAGAAAACCAGAAACUAUCCCAGAAAUUGGAGCAGCUGGAGACUGAACUGACGGCAGACAGAGACUCGCUUCGCAGCGCCGAGUCGCUCAGCACCGACCUGAUGAAGGAGAAGGCUUUACUGGAGAAAACCCUGGAAACACUCAGAGAAAACUCAGAGAGACAGCUGAAGGGUCUGGAGCAAGAGAACAAGCACCUGAGUCAGACGGUUUCGUCCCUGCGUCAGCGCUGCCAGGUCGGUGCCGAGGCCCGGGUCAAGGAUGUGGAGAAAGAAAACCGCAUCCUCCACGAGUCCAUCUGCGAGACGACGGGCAAACUUAACAAGAUGGAGUUUGAGAGGAAACAGCUGCGCAAGGAGCUCGAAGUGAUGAAGGAGAAAGGCGAGAGAGCCGAGGAGUUGGAGAUUCUGAUGCAGAAGCUGGAGAGGGACAACGAGAGCCUGCAGAAGAAAGUUGCCAGCCUUGGGAUCACCUGUGAAAAGGUGUCGUCUUUGGAAAAGGAGAACACCGAGCUGGAGGCUGAGGGCCGCCGUCUGAAGAAGAAACUGGACGCCCUGAAGAACAUGGCCUUUCAGCUGGAGGCUCUGGAGAAGGAGAACUCCCAGCUGGAGCACGAGAACCUGGAGCUCCGGCGCUCGGCUGAGAACCUCCGGUUGGCGGGGGCGAAGGCCGCCCAGCUGGAUGCCGAGAACAGGGAGCUGGAGAGCGAGAGGAGCCAGCUGAAGCGCAGCCUGGAGCUGCUCAAAGCCUCGUCUAAGAAGACUGAGAGAUUAGAGGUGAGCUACCAGGGCCUAGAUACAGAGAACCAGCGUCUGCAGAAGGCGUUAGAGAACAGCAGCAAGAAGAUCCAGCAGCUGGAGGCCGAGCUGCAGGAGGUGGAGACGGAGAAUCAGACCCUCCAACGGAACCUGGAGGAGCUCAAGAUCUCCAGUAAACGCCUGGAGCAGCUGGAGCAGGAGAACAAGACUCUGGAGCAGGAAAGCUCCCAGCUGGAGAAAGACAAGAAGCUUCUGGAGAAGGAGAACAAGCGUCUGAGGCAGCAGGCCGAGAUCCGUGACUCCAAGCUGGACGACAGCAACCAGCGGAUCUCCAGCUUGGAGAAAGAGAACCGCACCAUGGGCAAGGAGAUGAUCUUCUUCAGGGACUCCUGCACCAGAGUCAAAGACCUGGAGAGAGAGAACAAGGAGCUGGUCAAGCAGUCCAGCAUCGAUAAGAAGACGCUGAUUACACUCAGAGAGGAGCUCGUUAGUGAGAAGCUGCGGACUCAGCAGAUGAACAAUGAUCUGGAGAAACUGACCCACGAGUUGGAGAAGAUCGGACUGAACAAAGAGCGACUCCUGCAUGACGAGAGCUCGGACGACAGGUUUAAGCUGCUGGAAACCAAACUGGAGUCGACUCUGAAAUCAUCGUUGGAGAUUAAGGAGGAGAAGAUCGCGGCUCUGGAGGCCAGACUGCAGGAAUCCUCCAACCUCAACCAGCAGCUUCGCCAGGAGCUGAAGACGGUGAAGAAAAACUACGAGGCGCUACGUCAGAGAGAGGAGGAGGAGAGGAUGGUGCAGAGCUCCCCACCUCGAGGAGGGGAGGACCCCCAGGCUGUCAGCAAAUGGGAGAAGGAGAGUCAUGAAGCAACACGGGAGCUGCUGAAAGUCAAAGACAGGCUCAUCGAGGUGGAGAGGAACAAUGCCACGCUGCAGGCUGAGAAGGUGGCCCUGAGGAGCCAGCUCAAACAACUGGAGACUCAAAGCUCCAACCUGCAGGCUCAGAUAGUGGCCCUGCAGAGACAGACCGCCUCCUUACAGGAGAACAACACGACGCUGCAGACGCAGAACGCCAAGCUGCAGGUGGAGAACUCCACCCUGAGCUCGCAGAGCGCCUCCCUCAUGGCCCAGAACGCCCAGCUGCAGAGCCAGCAGAGCAGCGUGGAGGGAGAGCGCGAAGGAGCGCUGAAGGAGAAGGAGGAGCUGAGAGCCACGUACGAGCUGCUGCUGCGCGAUCACGAGAAGCUGGCGGCGCUCCACGAGAGGCAGGCGGUCGAGUACGAGGCGCUGAUCGGGAAGCACGGCGGCCUGAAGACCUCCCACAAGAGCCUGGAGCAGCAGCACAGGGACCUGGAGGACAAAUACAAGCAGCUCCUGCAGAGGAAGGGUGAGCUGGAGGAGCUGGAGAAAAACCUGAAGGAGCAGCAGGAAAAGAUGGCGCUGGAGAACCAAACCCACCAGGCCACAGCUGACCAGUGCAAACAGCUCAAAGAGGAAAAUGAUCGGCUGAACAACACCUACCGCCAGCUGGUGAAGGACAACGAAAGUCUCCAGGUGGACCACAAGAACAUAAAGACCCAGCUGAACAGCGCCAAACUGGACCAGACCAAGCUGGAGGCCGAGUUCUCUAAACUGAAGGAGCAGUACCAGCAGCUGGACAUCGCCUCCACCAAGCUCACCAACCAGUGUGAGCUGUUGAGCCAGCUGAAGGGAAACUUGGAGGAGGAGAAUCGUCACCUGCUGGACCAAAUCCAGACUCUGAUGCUGCAGAACCGCACGUUGCUGGAGCAGACCAUGGAGAGCAAGGACCUGUUCCACGUAGAGCAACGACAAUACAUAGACAAGCUGAAUGAGCUGAGGAGACAGAAGGAGAAGCUGGAAGAGAAGAUCAUGGACCAGUACAAGUUCUACGACCCGUCACCUCCACGCAGGCGUGGCAACUGGAUCACUCUGAAGAUGAGGAAGCUGAUCAAGCCCAAAAGCCGGGAGAGGAUGCGUUCGCUCACGCUGACUCCGUCUCGUUCGGAGUUGGGCGACGGCUUCCUGGCGUUUCCUCCUGACAGCCAGGACAGCUCGUCCAUCGGCUCCGGCUCCAACUCGCUGGACGACACGCUCUCACACAAGAGGAGCAGCACUAUAAAAAGGUUGCCUUUCAUGAGGAACAGAUCCAAGGACAAAGACAAGGCCAAGGCCAUCUACCGGCGCUCCAUGUCCAUGAAUGACCUGCUGCAGAGCAUGGCGGUGGCCGGCGGUCCCGGGGCUCAGUGGGCCGGCAGCACCGAGAAUCUAGACGGAGCCGAAGCCGGAGACGCCGGCAUGACGGGCAGCAGCCGACGCAGCGGGCAGCGCAUGAAGGAGCUCGCCUUUUCCACCAACGCCAUCGACUGUGCCGCCCUCACUCUGCCCAGUGCCGGGCACAGCAGGGCCAAACUCCGGCUGCAGGUCAAAGACAAUGUCUCCUGUGAGGACGUUGCCGGCUCCUCAGAUGACCCCAAGAGUCACGGCACGUUGAACGGCAGCCUCAGCAGGCCGCACAGCGAGAGCAGCGGCGAGUUCAGCCUGAGUCUGGACCAGGAGGUGUGGUCGAGCAGCGGAAGCAGCCCCGUCCAGCAGCCCACCUCCUCCCGGUCCUCCCACCAGAGCCCCCUGCAGCUGCGCAGGUCCCUCGACCCGUCCAGCGCCGCCGGCAGCCCCGGACAGACCCAGAUCAGGAAGACAGGAUCCCCAGGCAGCGAGGUGCUUUCCCUUCAGCAGUUCUUGGAUGAGGGUAUUGACCCUGCAGAGUCUGGCAGUCAGGAGAACCUCACUGUAGACUCUCCUCGCCUCUCCACCUCCUCUGACCAUGUGCCGAAGGAACGCACUUCCACCAAGGGUCGAGGCAUAUUGCGCUCAUCCAGUGGGAGAGCAGCACCAGUCAGCAGUGACCGGCCACCGAGAUCCUCAGGUCAACCAGGGCGCCCAACCCUCCGAAAGGCCGAAAGCACCCGCGUGAAAGGCUCCGCCCCGAUCCGCUCCAGCCUGUCCUCGCAGGGCAAAGCCACGUCCGUCUCCGAGCGGCUGGACUCGGCCUCCUCCACGCUGCCCCGGGCCAGCAGCGUCAUCUCCACCGCCGAGGGCACCACGAGACGCACCAGCAUCCACGACAUGCUGUCCAAGGACAACCGGCAACCCGUGUCCGUCGACGCUUCUCCUCCCGUCGCUUCCACCAAGGCUGGGGUUCGCUCCCAGCCGACACCCAGUGAGUACCACCCCAUCAGCACCAACCUAAAGGGACCCUUUACCACCACCACCACCACCACCCCUCUGCCCAAGUCACACAGCUUACCUUGCCAUAGCUUGGAGGACCCCGACCUCUCCACCCUCGAGUCUUUCCUCGGCCCUUCCUUCACAGUAGAGUCUGUGUUCAUGGACUCCAUCUUUAGUGAGUCGGCAGGCAAAAACCUCCCCUUCCUGUCUCUUAACCCCACCCUAGUCAGCAACAUCAGCGGGCCUCCUGUCACUAAUAAGACCCACCCUCCUCCCGUCCCCAACCACAUUUCCACCCAAAACCCUCACAGCCAGUCAAAUGGCCAGAUGAGAUCCAGCUCAGACAGCCUGAAAGAGUAUAACGAGGGUGUUGACGCCAGUCGUGUGAAUAAUUCGGACCCGUCAAUGAGCCCAGAGGACAACCAGUCUCUGUGGUACGAGUACGGCUGCGUGUGAAUGACAGGGAGGUUUGCUGAUCUCGAUACUCAACUUGACUAAAAGAGGGGAGAACGAAAGGACGGAUAAGGAAUGAAUCCUCCUCCUCUGCAUGUAUUUAUCAGAGCUCUAUCUAUCUCUGUGUGGUGUUGUUCUUUUCUGUUUGCCAUGGUGCUGACUGGUGAUUUUAUUUUCUGUUCUGUUCUGUGAGGUGGGACUUUGAUGAAUGUUCUUCCGUCCAGAAGCUUUUGCCGUAUUAUUGUUUCCUCAUCAAGUCUGUUUCAUUGGCUAACACUAAACUAUUAUCUGCUGUAGUGGGUUCAUGCAUCACACGCAAUAGUGCUUCUGUUUUAAUAUUACCUGAGUGCAGAAUUGAAUUUCCUAAAAGCAAACGCAUCACCUGGAUCCAUCAAAAGCAGCAGAACCUCUUAAUGUCAAAAAUAGCUGUCUGUGAUGGAGAGCAAAGCAUUGUGGGGCUUUAAAGCAACAAUUCCCUCACAUUAAAGUCUUCCAGUGUGUCAGAUAAUAGAUUCACUUUCCACUUUUUGAUUAUUUUGCUGUUUUGAUGUAUG